AACACGACAAUGAUCUCUAUUAGUUAACUUUUUCAUCAAGAAACUAUGUCAGCAUGGUUUUUGGGAUGAUCUCGUGAUUGUAAUCAAUUGCGUAACGUGACAGCGUGAACGUAACCUCAACAUGCUGUCAGAGGUUGAUGUGUUCAUCAGCAACUACACGUUGGUCGAUCCCGAGAUCUACCAGCUUUGGGUCGACGGACAUACUUCCAGUGACGCAGUUAACAUUCUACAUCAACGAGGAAUCUGUCAGCAGACCAACGCACCAAUCGAGCUGGUUGCAUCUGACAUUCUGGAUCACUAUCGCACCUAUGCUCUGCUCGAGAAACUGCUUCACACUCCUACAAAACUUGCCAGUGAGCAGUUAGCCUUUCAAAUCGAACCACAGACCAGUCAAAUGCUUAUAGAAAUGUAUUACGAAUUCGAUGAUGUCGUUAUACGUGAGUUAUUAGGAAAAAAGAUAACAUCUAAAAGUAGAAAGGAUAUGGAUGAGGUAGCGGAAAAAACAGGAAUUACAUUGAAGAGCUGUCGAAGACAGUAUGACAAUGUGAAAAGGGUAUUUAAAAUUGUCGAAGAUUUGCCAGGCUCUCUUGCAGUCAAUAUCAAACAACAUUUCUUACUUUCUGAGGAUCUUGCCAAACGAUACGCUGCAGUGGUGUUUAUAGCAUGCCUACGAUUUGAAAUGAAUAAACGAAAAUUACAAUUUUUAACGUUUCCUGAUUUGUAUCAUUGUGCCAAUAGUAUGAUGUCGUCGUGGACAUAUCGAUGCGUCGGAUCCGAAUAUUUUGAUACUGAUUUGGACAGGGAAUUCUUACAGGAAUUAUCAGAAUGCAGAGCUCUUCUAGAAAACGAUAAACAUCACAAACACUUAGUAUGCCUUAAACUCAAACCAAUGCUUCUUGAUCGAUCUUAUCAAGAAUUAGACAUAAACUUCCGUUCGUAUUCGAGAGCGAUACUCUGUAUUGGAUGCAAUUUACAUAGAUCACGAGAAUUGAGAUUUUUCUUUUUGGAACUGGUGGAGAGAUGUAUUGAACCUUGGCGACAAGUCAAUUGGACGCACUCCGAUCUACGGAAUUUCUUAGCUAUCUAUACACAGUGCGCUCUUGACAUGGAUGUACUUAGAGAAGGCGAAUUGAGAGAUGCGUUUGAACGUUACAUGACGGUAGUGACAUGUUGUCUAUUACGUGUUUCCGCACAAGAAAAUACAUAUCGAAGUAUUGCAUCAACACUUCGAGAAUGUUACGAAAACAAAUAUCUUCUAGAGAAAGAUAACAGACUUCCCCAUACUUUAAAUACAUUAAUUGCAAUUCUCCGAAAAAUCGAAAAUACUGAAAACGGAAAUAUGGAUUUACGAGCCUUAACUGUUGGAAUUAUGCACAGAUUUCGUCAAGAUGGAAUAGAAAAGAAUCCAAUCGUCAUCGAGCAGUCUGGUGUAUUGCCAUAUAGAUCAGGUUAUCAAGCUCAAAAAUAUUUACAAAUAAUUCGUUUUAUACCUGAGGAAACUAGCAGGCUUCUUUACAACAUAAUGACCGACAUUGAAAGGUGUACCCUUCAUUUUAUGUUAUCUAGCAGUACUGAAAUAUACGAAAGAAAGGACGAAAACACGAUAUGUAUUAGCACUAUCAGGAAUGCGAGAAGUGUUAUCAACAAUUUUUCUAUUAUCACAAAGAAUGUGCAUGAUGAUGUAGAAACCUUGACACCUGAACAAAUCGACAUUAUUACAAAUAACAAAGACGGAGAUACCAAACGUGUGUUUGAUCCAAACGCUAUGUAUCCGGAAUUUCCACCGAAUCAUCCAAAGACCGCCCGAGUUGUUGAUAGACCGCCACUAAGCAGAUGUCCUGUAGAGAAUGGUGUUAUAAAAACUGCCUGGGGUUCAGUUUCUGCCGGGCCGCUAAUCGCUGGUAUAGCUGCUGGUCUACAACCUGAAAACACACCAUUCUCGGAAUUUUUUCCUAACGAAGAUGACCCAGAGAGAAUGGCAAAUCUAUCAAAAAUAUCAAUAGAUAAUAAAUGGAUUGCAACCAUAAGUGGUGAUUUAGCUGAAGUUAUUUUAAUGCAAGGACCUACAAAAAAGAAUGAGGAAAAGCUUAGUAUAGGUGCAGACGGCAAUUGGAAUUCAUCGGCUAUGCCUCGUUGGUAUUUUCUGAAAAAGAAUAAACACUUACAAUUUACCACAGCAGAGAUUAGAGGAGAUAUUGAUGGAUUCAUUCUUGCUAACGAAAUUGAAGCUUUAUAUACAAAAGUACCUAAACUGAGACUGUCACAAAUUUUAGAUCUAUAUUAUAGCUCUCGUGGAUUAUUUAAUCCUACAAUUAGAGCAUGUAAUCGAAAAACAUUAUUUCAAACAACUAUAUCAAAACAGAUAAUGUUAGAACAGACAUACAGUGCUUCAUUAGUUUUGGAAGAAUAUUUGCAUAAAGCUACAAUAAAUGACGAUAAAAUGAAAAAUUUUGCAACACAAGCAACAGAAGAAUUGGCUUCUUACGUUGAUUUAAUGAAUAACGAAUUAUGCCAUGAGACAGAAACAAGAAAUUUUGAUGAAGUUGUUCAAAUUGCUAUUGAUCUGACAAUUAUAAUCGAUACUACAUGGCCUUUUAACGAGAUACAAUCAAUUAUUGCAGAAAUAUUGGAUAAAAUCGACGUAAAUCAAUACAAUAGUCAAUAUACAAUUAUUAAUGGUUGUGAUGGUAGUAUCAUGUUGAAUACUACCAAUAGUAUUUUAGACUUUGGUUUAUAUAAUAUAACCAAUUAUACAAAUAAUGUUACUAAAGGCUUCAAUCUUCCUAAAUCACUUGAAACAUUAGGUGAUUUGCAAAAGAAGAAAUUAAACGAUGAACGUUAUGGUCUUGGAAAUGCAAAAUCUGAUGUAGUUUUAAUUAUUCCGUUUACAUCGUAUAUUACAAAUAUCUCUGAUAAAGAAUACUGCAUAGUACAGAUCAAGAAGAUGCGAGAGCAAGUACCGGAUGCCACAUUACUUAUAUUGACUCAUGGAGCGAUAGAUAAAUGGACAGAUCUUCUACCAUCAAGUAAUUUGUUUUCCAUAACCGUGCCAGGCGAUAUAGGAGAUUCAGCGACGAUGGCUAAAUUAAUUUUGAGGAUAAAACAAGUUCCACAGCGGUUGAUCAAUACACAAUGUGGAGCCAAUUAUUCCGUUAUAGGAGAAUCCCUUUCAUUUACCAAUUGUAUUGAACCAGAUACAAUAGUCUCUUACAGACUGCAUCCUAAUUAUUUCUUUUCCACUGAUAGCAAUCAUAAAUCUAAGAUAAAGAUUCAAGGAAGUGAAGAUAAUUUAAAAGUAUGUACGUCGCAAAGUUUUAGAAAUAUUAAUGAGACAAAUGAUUCGUGUAAACCAAUAAGUAAGGACUUUUCUAUUGAAUUUUCCUGUGGUGAUGCUGGUUUGAUACAUCUUUGCGAACCACUAAAUCUCUUAAUCAUUGCUAAUUCUUCAACUACAAAUUUUCAAUAUGGUCCAGAUGAGUGCAGAUUUCCUCAUAUGAUUAAAUAUACAUUUUCGUAUGAGAAUUUGGUAUGUAAAAGUAAUGCAAAUAUAAAUAUGUUAAACAUCUUCAUUUUAAUCUUAAGUAUGAUAUAUACGUUUUUGUAA